UCAGCCAAUCACGUUGCGUCGUGGUUCGGCAUCCUUGCAGUGUUGGGAGAUGACUUAAACCUGUGCGGUUCACAGCAAACGGUGCUGGAAGAAACCUUCGAGAGCCCAGUGACCACCCAGUGGGGGAAUUAUUCAGCCCGCUCCAUGUACGAACGUUUCGGUUGCGGUCCCACAUGUAUCCGUGGAUAAAGUGCUCCUGAUAGUGUGACAGAUGUGUGGCACAGUGGGACAUCCUUUGCAUCUCCUUGGGGAGAUUUGAGUUUUGGGACACCGAGCCAAAGGACGGUCUCCGAGGAAGAUGCUCGGCUCCGAGCGCGGUGUCGUAGAAGAAUGGCUCUCGGAAUUCAAGUCCUUACCAGAAACCCACAUCCGCAGUUAUGCUGGCAGCCUUCAUUUAAAGAAAUCUCUGGUUCCAGCUCUCUACAGAGUCAUCCAGGACCCCAACAGCGAGCUGUUGGAGCCAGUGUGCCACCAGCUGUUCGAGUUGUACCGAAGCUCCGAAGACCGCUUGCGCCGCUUUACCCUGCAGUUCCUGCCUGAGCUGGUGUGGGUAUAUCUGCGGAUCACUGCCAGCAGAGAUCGCCAGAGCAACGGCUGUAUUGAGGCCCUACUCUUGGGCAUUUAUAACCUGGAAAUUGUGGACAAAGAUGGCAACAGCAGACUUCUCUCUUUCACAAUCCCAUCUCUGUCAAAGCCAUCGAUAUAUCAUGAGCCUUCUAGCUUGGGGUCUAUGGUUCUGACAGAGGGAGCUCUGUGUCAACACGAUCAGAUCAGAGUGCUGUACAGUGGCCUCCACCCUCAGAGAGAGACCUUCACUGCACAGAACAGGUUUGAAGUCCUUUGCUUUCUCAUGCUCUGCUACAACGCUGCUGUGGUCUACAUGCCCCUUUCUUCCUAUCAGUCGGUCUGCAGGAUGAGCUCAAGGUUGUGUGUGUGCGGCUUCCCCCGGCAGCAGCAGAAGCUGUGGAGGGAACCAUGCAACAGAGUUCUGCUGGAUCCAGAGUUCAUGGUGCAGAUGCUGACUGCUGUUUAUCAUGCCAUAUACAAUGGGGAGUGGGAGAUGGGCCGUGAAGCUCUGGAGGACAUUGUGUACAGAGCCCAGCUGGAGCUUUACUCACAACCUCUGCUGCUGGGAAAUGCCAUGAAAAACUCGCUGCCAGAAAGUGCUCCCGAUGAGCCGCGGGGGCGAAAGGUGCUCCAGGUGGAGGUGACGCCAACCAUCAGCCGGAUUUCCAUCUCUGCAAUCACCACCGCCUCCAUACGGCGCCACCGCUGGAAGAGAGAGGAUUGUUUUGACUACUCAACCGAAGCAGAGUUUAGCCUCACCGUCAGUCCUCCUAGCACCGUCCAGCCGCACCACCGUCCUCACUGGGAACCUGCCGCUAAGGAGGAUAAAGGAGGGCGGCAUCAGAGCCACCACAGCAGCAUCAGCAGCAUCAUUCCCCCCAUCACUCUUGAGGAUACUGAUGGCAUGAGUGGCGGGGAGGACUCCUUCAACAUCAACGACCCGGACGAGGGCUUCUCCUCCGGCGCUUCCAACAGCAGCCAGCCCAGCGGCACCAAAGCCGGCGGCGGAGCAGGUCCGAGGGCCAGCAGCCUGAGCAGCAGCAGCAGCAGCAUCAAGAAAGCCAUCACCGCCCGCCUCUCUCGAGACAAGGAGAAGGUAAGGGAGCGUGAGAGGGAGGCGGACAGAAAGGCAGAGCUAUUGACAGACCACCAGUCCGCCGAGAGCCGGCCCCCGCAGAGGCAGCAGUCGCCCCCGAGCAGCAUCAACUUAGAGGCCAUCCACCUAAGUCCCAUCAAGAAGCACCUGAGUUUCCCCGUGGGGCCCGCUCUGGUUCGGACUGGCAGCACCUCUUCCAGCAAGUCGUUUGACUGCAUGACUUUCAAUCUGAACGGAGGCGAGGACGAGCAAGAGGCGGCGGGAGCGCGAGGCUCGGACAGGGAGCGGGGGAUUUCAGCCGGGGGUUCGCACCGCCACUCCACCAUCAGCCUGCAGGAGGAGCACCUCGUCCGGCCAGAGGAGGCCCAGGAGCUGCUGUCCCCUGGAGCUCCUCUGACCAAGCAGUCGCGCUCCCCCAGUUUCAACAUGCAGAUCAUAUCGCAGGUGUAAAAGAAAAAAGACUCAUUCAGCCCUAAAUGAGUCACUGUCUUUGUGUGUGUGUGUGGAGGAGAAACCCGUUUGUCUCCACCUUUUUAAACAUCCGUUAAACUGUAAGUUUCAGUUGUUAUUGUGCGUUUCCCGAGAACACAACAACAAAAGUCUGAAAUGAACUUGCACUGCUGCGACUGCAGUCGAGUGUGGAGGAGUCCAGCAUCUCACUGCAGCUUCCCAUCUGACAACGCUGAGCAUUCCACACGGGAGAAAGUUCUCUGGUCACUUUCAGACCGGAUCAGUCAAAGCAAACCUGCAAUAACGCGUCAGGAGAAAAGCGGGGAUUGUUGCGUUUCUUUUUUCCUCGCUUCUUUCUGUCAUUCCCGAGGUCACGUGCAAUCGUUCUUGCUGUUUUUCUUUCCCCCUAUUAGAUGUUACUCAGUUUGUUCAAUGUUUAGAAAUUCCAUCCAAAGACUUUAGUUUUUCUUCAUUUGUAAAAAAAAAAAAUCUGUCUCUCAAGGCAAUUCAGGUCACAAAUUUUGUUGUAUUUUUGUUGUAACAACACAAUCAUGUCAUUUGUAAAAAUCAAAAACAUCGAGGUUGAUGUUAACCAAACUGUAAGACGGCAAGAGUUUGCUUUCAACUGGACAAAUCUUAAAGAAAAGUUACCGUGCAGCUACUCUAGAAAGUUUUUUUCUUUGAUUAUAAACUUAAAAAAUGUCAAAACUACACUGGAAAGUGCAGGUUAGUGUGUGACACUAAAGGCAACGACUGUAUUUAGUUUCUCUGAAUGCUUCCUGCUGAUAGUAAUUGUUGCCUGUCUGUCUGUCUGUGCUGGAGCUGUGUGCAAAGCUACAUGUCAAAGCUGGCCCUCUGCUGCCCUCUAGAGCCUCGUAGUUGUAACUGCACAUCAUCAGGCUCUGUGAUGAUUGUCUAAUGUUUGGAUGUUGAAGCGUGUGGAUACACGCCUUCUGUUAAGAUAAGGCAUCUGAAAUCAAAAUGUGGAUUUCUGCUCCAACGACGCUAAAAUCUUCUGAUUAUGUCCGUUUCAAUUCAUCUGAUUUCAGAACACUGUAUUUAUUUCAGUGCACCAAAGCGUUCUUUUUUUGUUUCUUGGUAUUGUAGUGAUAAAUAUAAGUGCAAUUUUUUUUCUUUUUUGGGGCGGUUAAGUUCUUCUGUGCUGUGCAAAGCCUGCGUCCGCUCGCGGAGCUGUUUCGCCUCGUAGUGCUUACACGCGCGGGCUGACGGAUGUGCUUGUCUGCAUGUUUUAGUGCCCUGCGAAACUGUUUCAGAUGCAUGAAACAGCGGCGAGCCAAACCUGUCUCUUGUCCUCGUCUUAGCCACACGUGCCAAUAUGCAUUUUCUCUUUAAGGGUUUUAUUUCUUCUUAAAGAUUAGGAUGGGUGUCUUAAUUAAAAUGCCUCUUUUUUGUUGUUCAUUAAGCUAAAAGGUUCCAAUGAUCCUUCCAGUUUUUAGUUUUUUUUUUGUGCAGUUGUUGCUUAGCUGUGCUGUUCACACGUAAAAGCAGUAUAUUGUGAGUACGUGUCCUGUAGAUGUAUAUUCUAAAAAAGAGAAAAUAAGCAUUGCUGCUGUGUUUGAAGCCCUCUGCAGCUGCUGACCUUUGAGCGACCCCCGCCUGUGCUUCAGCCUUAAACAUUUCCAAACGCCUCUUUGGCCUCACCUCCCCGCUGGAUAGUAGAUGGGAAGGAAGCAUAUCUAGUUCUUGCCGUCACCACCUCGCGUCUGCCGUCAUCCCCGUGUCGUGUGCCUCCCCCCCUCAGAAAGCCGAGCUCCCAUUUGCUGUUUUUUGCUGUGACACCUUUUUAGCUGUUUUUCAACCUGGUGACGUGUUCAUGUCUUUAAGCCCCGACGGAGGGCAGCGGCAGUCAUGUUGGGUCCGUAUCCUUAGAGUAACAGUUAACCCUCAGUCUGUGGUGUGAUUUGCAUGUGAUCAGGAUGAGAAAGGAACAGCAGUCUGCGAUUGUCAGAUUAUCCUUCAGGUUUGCAGACAAAUAAGCUUUUUAUUUCAAAUGAAAGUAGAGGAAAGUAGAUUUGCUGUCAGUCACAGACUGGUUCAUUUCCUGUCCUGCAUGUGAUAACUGUGGGCUUUGUUUUCUACAGUAUAAUGCACUUUAAUCCAUCCACCUCUUAAAAGCAGUUAUGAAAUAUAUAUAUGAAUAUAUAUAUAUAUAUAUAUAAAAAGAGAGAGAUGUGUAAAUGUGUAUACACUUAGUGCAGGGUUUUAGUCUCUUAAACGUAGUGCUUCUAUGGAGUGUCUCAUGCAACACAAGAAUAUUUUUGUCCAAGAGUACAGCUAUUUAUUUAUUUUUAUUUAAAGUUAUCCAUUUGAAAACCAAAAAAAGACUAACUUACGGGAACUGGAAGGGGACUCAAAAAAAAAAAAAAAGCCACAUUUUUGAAAAUGGCAGCACCGCAAUUUUUGUUUGAAAUGAUUAAUUCUAUGCAACAUUUUUCCCUUUUUUGUUAAUGUUUUGGCUCUCAUUGAUUCUCUGGUGGGCAGGAGAACACGCAUGCAUAACGGUGCGAUUCCUGAGAGGUUCUGGUUCUGGUCCUGGUCCGUGCAGAGAGAAGGCCAGACUCUGGGUGCAUGCUGAGCCCUCUCGUCAGUCGGCUGCUCUCUGAUUUGGAGCGGCGUUUGAAAUGUCGACAGAAAAGCAAUGAUAAAGUUAUAAUAAAUGUUCCAAGGGAAACUGCUGGAUUAUAACUAUGUAAUAAUGAUCUUGUAUAAAAGGAGAGAGACCUAUUUUAAUUCCUGUAAAUACGAUGUACAAAGUUGAAAGCAAAAUGAAUAUAAAAACUGAAAAUAAUUGAGAUGUAGAGAGAAGUUAAUCUGUAUAUUGUUGAAUAAAUAUUGUGCUGUAAAAGA